AAUAUUUUUUAUAACCACCUUCCUGAUUGGUGGGUUAGGCUAGGAUUACUAAAUUUAAUAUUCCCAACCACAACUAUGACUCAUCAGUCGUUAAUUUACUUCAGUUUCUCCUUUACACAUCUUCUUUCCAAUUCCUUGCUCCUUUACUUCAGUUUCUCUACUCCAAACCAUAAAUUAAUCUUUUCCGCAGCGGCUUUUCUUAGUGCAAGGUUGGCAUCCCGCUCAAUCCGGCUUGAAGUCAUCUAAAUCUGAUACUCUGCUCCAGAUUUCACUUUGCUUCUGCUUCAAACUCAUCAUCCUCCCCUCAUAGUUCACGUUCGUAUUGUGGGACUUUGCAAACGAAGAAUUAACUGUUAUCCAAUUUUGCUAAUCCACAUUGGUCUUAUUUUAAUUGGACGUGAAGAAUAGAAUGUCUUUCAACAGGGAAGGGGGAAAGAAUAAGUUUCUGUAUAGGAACACCAGGGGAAUCAAGAAGAAAAGCAGCCGAAGAGGGACAAAGCUAAUUGACAUGGAGAGCAUUCAAGGUGGUGAAAUAUCUCUUGCUCAUGCCACGGCUUCCACCCAACACAGUCUUCCAUCAAUGGAAGAGGAAGUAGUUGGUUUUGAGGAUGAUGCAAAAAACAUAAUUCAACAAUUGACCGGAGGAACAAAGGAACUAGACAUUAUCUCCAUCGUUGGAAUGCCAGGACUUGGCAAAACCACUUUGGCUAGAAAGGUGUUUAAUCAUUUUAUUGAUAUUAGACACUUUGAUGUUAGAGCAUGGUGCUCUAUUUCAAAAGAAUAUAGCUCGAGGAAGGUAUUCUCUGAGAUUCUUAAACAAGUCGUAGGCAGUAUGAAUGGUAUAAGAGAUGAAGACAUACCUCACGAGUUGCGAAAGAGUCUAAUGCGCAAGAGAUACCUCAUCGUGUUAGACGAUAUAUGGGAAGCUAAGGCUUGGGAAGAGUUGCGAUUAUCUUUCCCACACGGUGAAGAUGGAAGCAGAGUAGUGGUAACAACUCGAGAUGAACAAGUGGUUAGGCAGCUUAAGCUCCACAGCAAUCCAUAUUUUCUUCGAUUUCUCACGGAGGAUGAGAGCUGGGAAUUACUCGAGAAGAAAGUUUUUCAAGGAGAAAUCUGUCCACAAAAGCUACUCAAAGCAGGAUUGCGAGUUGCCAAAAACUGUAAAGGAUUACCUCUUGUGAUUGUCUUGAUUGCUGGAAUUAUUUCAAAGAAAAGGCAAGCCUCUUUGUGGUUUAAGGUCGCAAAUGAUUUAAGAUCCCAUGCUUUAGAAGAUCAAAGCAUGAAGAUAAUAGAAUCAAGUUACGACUAUCUGGAAGAUCACUUAAAGGCUUGCCUUCUUUACAUGGGAUUGUUUCCAGAAGACUACAAUUUUCCAGUUUCCAUUUUACUGAAGUUGUGGAUAGCUGAAAAUUUUGUACAGAAUUCGGACACAGAUAACUUGGAGGAAGCAUCUACAAAUUUCUUGAAUGAUCUUGCGAGCAAAAGCCUUGUGAUGGUUUCUAAAAGGAGAGAUAAUGGUGAGAUAAAGUACUGCACUCUUCAUGAUGUUGUGCGUGAGUUUUGCUGGAGAAAACUUGCAAAAGAAAAGUUUAUGCAGCUCAUAAUCCCGUAUAAUCCAGACCAAUCUUUAGGUGCAUCGGAGCCUCGGUUAUGCAUGUAUGUUCAUGACGAUCUGGCCAAGCAGUUGGUGGAGCAUGCAUAUUCAUUGGAUAAAAUUCCAUUGUUGGCAGAGUUGAAUGUAGUGGGAUCAUUUGCUCAAUGUCAUGGUAGGUCUCUUGAGUUCAUUGCGCAUCCAAAACUCUAUAAAUGGAACCGGAAUUUGACAACUCAUGUCCGUUUACUUGAUUGCAUUAGACAUAUUCGGGUGUUGGAUUUGUUGAAUAUCUACUUGGAGGGACGUUUUUGGGCUAGGGCAAUGGAAGCAGUAACUCACUUGAGGUUUCUUGCAAUUCAUACCCAAGAAUUUCGUUUCCAGUGGGUAGAUCACCUACUCGAUCUACAAACUUUGCGGGUGGGGUGGCAACCUAUUUCAUUAAGCAGUAGGAUAUCCCCUGCUGGUCUUUGGAAAAUGCAGAAGCUAAGGCAUGUGGAUAUCAAGGAAAUUAAAUUUGCAUGGGAAGACAAUGAUCGAGCAAUUUUCGAAGAAUGUUCACUAACUGUGUUACCGAACUUGAAGUCUUUCGGGAGGUGCCGUAUAUAUUUGGCUGAUAUGACUCCGGAGUUUUGGUGGAGAUUUCCAAAUAUUGAACAACUCAAGCUCCUAAUUGUUGAACCGUAUGUACCUAGAUAUCAUAAGUUCCCUAUACCCGAAAUUGAUAUGCCGAAUCUUGAAGAUCUCCCACUUCAAUCUCUCGAAGUGGGCUUCUCAGACAAGCCAGAGUCGCAUGACUUUGGAAUCGGAAGGGGCAGCUGUCUUGUUUUCCCCUCAAAUCUAAAGGAUUUGUCCAUUCAUAGCAUAUUCCUAACAGAAAAAGUUGUUUCAAAUAUUGCAAGAUUGCUAAAUCUUGAGAGACUCAAACUACGUCGAAUACUCUUCAAGGAUGAAAAUAUGGGAUGUUGGGAUGUAGGUGAUUACAAGUUCCCAGCACUCAAAUAUUUGAACUUGAGGGGUGUUGAUAUGAACGAAUGGCGCUCCUCAGAGGCAUCCUUCCCGGUUCUUGAGAAACUGGUUAUACGUCGUUGUGAGAAGCUUCAAGAGAUCCCGUCUAGCUUCGCAGAUAUCCAAACACUGAAGUUGAUCAGAUUGAGGGACUGCAUGAAGUCAGUUGAAGAUUCAGCUCUCAACAUCAAAAAAGAAGUGGAAGAUAUCACAGGAUGUGACUCUCUCCAAGUUCAGCUUGAUUUUAAAUAUAUGCCUUAUGGAAGAAAAGAUCAUGAUUUACGAAUAUUUAAAAAUUCUGUUUUUUAAAAUUUUAAGUUCUGCUCAUCCAAAAAUUCUGUCCAUGGGACCAUAUAAGUCCUUUCUCUUUAGUUGAUAACUUUAGACUUAUUCUGAGAUACACUUUGUUAGUAUGACAGAAAUAUGGUUGGAAUUC